AUGGGCUUCUUCUCCAGCGUGUCUCACGUUUUCUUCGAUGCUGGUAUCUUGUCUUGGGAUGUGCUCCUCACACUCCUCAAUCUCGUGAGGAGGAAGCGCCGUAUCGGGCACGUUACGCCUGAGGGCCACCCAGGCUAUGGAGGGCUCUGGCCCGAGUUUAGGCCUCCUCAGGAAGGUGACUCCCGUUGCUCAUGCCCAGCACUCAAUGCGAUGGCCAAUCACGGCAUCCUCUCGCGGAGCGGCCGCGAUAUCUCAUUUGUCGACCUUAACCACCAGAUCCGGGCAACUUACAAUUUCGGUCCUUCCUUCUGCUCUUAUGUGCCCCAUUUUGCCGCUCGCAUGCUCAAGAGAAGCUACAGUAAAGAUACCUUUGACUUGGAAGAACUCGACCUGCACAACGGUAUCGAACAUGAUGCAUCCCUCUUCCGUCUUGACACUGCCCUUGAAGCAAACCAAUCGAUGAAACACAUACCCUUUAUCGAGGAGUUACUCGCGUCGUCGACCGGCAAGGACAAGAAUGACAAUAAUAUCCUUACCUCCAGAGAUCUCUCCAGGAUUCUCGGCAAGCGUCGCGCAGUAGCGCGUGCAGUAAACAAGGAGUUUUCCCUCAGCUUCUUCCACAAAAUCUUCGGUAGUUCCAAUUCCUCGACACUGCUCACAAUCUUUGGAGGUCGUGUGGAUGACCUGCGCAGUAUUGUUCUCCACGAGCGUAUCCCAGAAGGCUGGGAGUCACGCAUUCGUGAACCCUAUGGACUGACUAUGAUGCACUUCAACAAGACUGUACUGGCGGUUGAAUUCGGUGUACGCGAGGGGGAUUGGGCGGAAGCGGCGCAGGAGGCGGCAGCACGUCAUACCACUUAA